GUGGGCGGCAUCCCAUCAUCAUCAUCACACCGCCCCCGUACGGAGCACUUUCUCGCAUCUGGAAACGAGAUUUUCCAGAAAAAAAAUUGCGAAAAUUUCAAACGAAUUUCACUUCAUUUUGAUUUAAAUUUGUUGGUUAUAACUCCGCAAUCGCAAUUUCGUGUCCAUUCAUCCACAUCCCCGGUGGCGUUUAGGGUUUCUGUUCGCCGGAAUCUCUCGCCGCCGAUGCCUUAUCAGUUAUGGCGCAAAAGGUACGCUGUUUCUUAAUUUCGAUUCCGUAUUGUUGUUAUUUUCGUUAGUUUCCAUCGGAUCACAAAACGAUAAUGCGGCGGUGCUAAGAUUUUCGGCACAAUUCGGGUGAGGUUCGCGGAUCUGUUUGCUAUCCGAUGCUGGAAUUGCGAGGUUAUAGUGUUUCGAUCUUGAUCUGAGCGCCAUUGUUGGUUUCGAGCUUAAAUCAUUUGCAUUUUUGGAAGCCAUGGAGGUUGAGGGCAAGUGUUCUGCAUCUCAACCGGUGAGGGAGAGUGAAACAGUUAUCAUCAAUACAAACUCUGAGAAAUUGAUUGGUGGUAUUGAUGAUAACGAAGACGAAGGUAAUAGAAAUCAUAGUGAUGAGCAGAUUGAUGAAUCAAUAGGAAGUAAGGGGGUGACAUUUGAAGCUACUGAGGAGGCUGUGAAAAAACCGGCGUCUGAGCCUAAGAGAAAAGGGUAUGGACUGAAGAAGUGGCGGAGGAUCAGAAGGGGGGAAGUGAGGAAUGAGGGAGAGAACAAUAUAGUAGAUGGUAGUGCGGGGAUCAUGAAGCGUGGUCUGCCGGCUUCAAGUAGGAGUUCUGCAAAAUCUGUGCAUUUGUAUGGAGGAACCUCACAACGGAGUGAUGAGACUGUUUCUUCCCCUAAUGAAUUUGUGAGUAAUCUGGGCUUGUAUGAUAAGCCAGUUGAUUUCUAUGAUCAUGCAUUCGUGGCUGGUGCGGAUUCUGAUAACAGCGAGGAGGAUAGUAGUAGUAAGUCUUCAACUGCCGCUAGUGCUCCAAAUAAGAAAAUCAUGGUGAAUUUUAGCCAAAGAAAUUCGGGUGCUUCAGUUCAGAAUAAAGGCCGACAGCGAAUGGCCGGGAUAGAAUCUAGUAAGAAGCAUAGAGCAGAAAGGUUCAAAAUUGAGAAGGAAAACUCUUAUUCCAGCUUGGAAUCCGACUCAAGAAGCUCCAACUUUGUGUUCAUGCAGGGCAAAGAUUGUUUGAAAAGUAAUGAGACAAAAGGAGAAAAUAGAGAUGCCGAAGAUCUGAAUUGUGGUGGAAAAGCAAAUGUUGACCUUCCAGCUAUUUACAAUGAGGAGGGAAAUAGAGGAGAGUUUGAAGAUACAUUGCAGGAAGGUCUAUCUGCUGAGUCGACUUGGGAAGAAAAAGAUGAUAAGAAUGAGAACCAAGAUUCGUCAUCAAGUUGUGAUCCUGCAAUUGAAUCGAUUUUCAAACUCCAAGCUGCACAGGAAGCACUUAAAAAGGAGGUUGAAAAAUUAAAACAAAUAGCAACAGAAGAUAUUCUGGUUGAUUUUUCGUCUCAAGAUGGCAGUGAAGCUUUGGAGUUCACUUCAGCCGGUCCAAAUCAUUUCCCCAACGCAGCCCAACUGUUCCAAUCAGAUAGGGAUGAUGGCUUACAAAAAGGGACAACAGUGCAGUUUCGCACGCAUAUGGAAACAGAACUCGAGAACCUCUUCAGAGAGAAGAUUGAAGCUGAAGUUGAGGUCUUGGUGUCAAAGGCGGUAGCAGCUGAUCAAAGAACACUCUUAGAAGCACAAAAGGCUCUAGCUUCAGAACAAGCAGAAAUGGCAAACAAACUGCGAAAUGCUGAACAAAAAGCUGCAAUGCUCAAGGAUAAACAAGAGAAGUUGCAGAGUUACUGUGAAAAUAUGAUCAAUACUGCCGAUGGCACAUUAAGGCUCCAGAAGCGUGCUUUUAAACACGUUUUUUGCUUCUUUUUGCAGCUGGUACUCCUAGCAAUCGUUGUUGGGUGGCUCAAGUUCCGGUUGUCAAAUCAUCAUGGUGAGAAUGAGGUUGUUGUACCCACUUAGUUUAAAAGAUCCAAGUUCUUCUCUUAGCUUUUGUAACUAUAUAAUGUUAUAAGACAACUUGAACCUUGUUUAUGCUAUCUUGAUAGUGUCCUUUCAAAUGAUCUCCAUGUACUUUUGUGUAGUAGUUUUGACAUUUGAGAUAAAUACUUCAUUUCAAGAGCCAAAAGCCACUCUUGUGCCUGUCUCAACCCGAUUUUGAGCCCUAAUAUAAUGGACAUUUGCUU